GUUGAAAAUUCUCGGACUACUGAUGCUCAUCACAGGCUCUUCAGCAGCGCCUUUGGCAAGCGUUCAUGUUAAAUUUAUUUCACCUCCCCAUAUUUACGAGCAUCAACUAACUACUGACGGUCACAAUACUAUUGCACAGAAAUCAUUUUUGUCAAUAGGCCGACGGUCUGCUGAUUUUGCCAAUAAAUUAUCAUCAGGGUUCUUCAAGUCACCUGUUUCUUCUUUUGCCAGAAGAAAUCCUGAAGCUUUGUGGCCAGAUGGAGUUUUUAUUAAGCCUGUUGAUGUUAAUGAUUUGGGAAUUAGUUCUCAGGAUUCAUCUCAAUUUCAUUCAACGCCUGAUUUUUCAAAUGGUCUAGCGUAUCCAGAUCCACUACUUUUGACAGAUGAAUCAGCAACGUCAGCAAUAAGACAUCUUUAUGGCCGAACGGGGUUAUUUUUCCAUGAAAUCCCGCAUCUGAGAUCAUUACUGAGACUGCAGCACGAAAGACGAUCAAAUGGCCUUCAGGAUAACGUACUAAGUAGCAUCAGGCCUCAAUCACCUUUCUACAAUUCUAGCCUUUGA